UUCACCCGACGCGCUCUCUCUGCGUGCCUCUGUCUCUAUGCUUCGUCUUGGAAGCUUCGCUUCUCGUUUCUCUUCAUCAGUUUCCAUGGAAAUGCCGUGAACCUGAUCAGCUGAACCGUCACGUUCAUCUUCUACUCUGCCCAAAAGCCAGUCUCUCUCUCUCUCUCUCUCUCUCUCCCCUUCACCAGAGGAAGGAAAAGAACAAAAUAAGAUGAAAGAUGCCUCUGCUUUCAUCAGUUUCUUGGUCUUCUUCCCCCUCUUGGGCUCUCCUUGGAUUGCUGCUUCACUCGAUGACCCCCAAUAUGAUCACACUGCUUACACCAAGUGCAAGGAGGAGCCAGAGAAGCCACUCUACAAUGGAGGCAUACUCGAGCCUCAUCAGCUUCCACAAUCUGCUUCUUCUUCACCAGCUCUCCUGCUGCACAAUCUCACCACAUCAACUAAAUACUCCUUCUCUAGUUGGGUGAAAAUACAGAGUUCGGAUUCAGAUUCUGCUCUUGUCACGGCCAGUUUGAGGACCGACAAUGAAGCAUACAAUUGCAUAGGGACUGUCGCAGCAAAGCGUGGUUGCUGGUCGUUUCUCAAGGGCGGAUUCACUUUGGAUUGGCCAUCAUACUCCUCUACACUGUCCUUUCAGAGCUCAGAUGGCAGAGAUAUCGCCAUAGUGAUUGCUAGCGCUUCGCUCCAACCGUUCACCGAUCAGCAAUGGAGGAGGAAUCAGCAAGACAUGAUAAACAAAGUAAGGAAGCGUGCUGUGACGAUCCAUGUAUCGGAUAAUAACGGCGACAGGCUACAAGGCGUGGAAAUUAAUGUGAAGCAAGUCUCCAAAGAUUUCCCAUUUGGAUCUGCCAUAGCUAAGACCAUUCUUGGGAAUGUGGUUUAUCAGAAUUGGUUUGUCGAGCGAUUCAAUGCAGCAGUAUUUGAGAAUGAACUCAAGUGGUACGCGACCGAGCCCCACCCUGGACAGAUCAACUACACUAUCGCAGAUGAGAUGCUGGAGUUCGUCCGAGUGAACCGGAUCAUCACCAGAGGCCACAACAUCUUCUGGGAGGACCCAAAGUACACGCCCGAGUGGGUCCGGAAUCUCGCAGGGCCCCAACUUGAGUCCGCAGUGAGCGCCAGGAUCCAAAGCCUGAUGAGCCGAUACAGGGAAGAAUUCAUACAUUGGGAUGUGAGCAACGAGAUGCUCCACUUCGAUUUCUACGAGCGACGGCUCGGGCCCAACGCGACGCUGCGUUUCUUCCAAAUGGCACAUGAGUCGGAUCCGUUGGCCACCCUGUUCAUGAACGAGUUCAAUGUGGUGGAGACCUGCAGCGAUGCCAAUUCCACUGUGGACAACUACAUCUCGACGUUGAGAGGGCUCAGGCGCGGUGGGGUUUCGAUGGACGGAGUUGGCUUGGAGGGUCACUUCAAGGAGCCGAACCUGCCUCUGAUGAGAGCUAUCCUAGACAAAUUGGGCACGCUCAAGCUUCCUAUGUGGCUUACCGAGGUCGACAUUAGCAGCACCCUCGGUGACGAGGCGCAGGCCAUUCAUCUGGAAGAAGUUUUACGGGAAGGUUUUUCGCAUCCUUCUGUGAAUGGUAUUAUGCUUUGGACCGCCCUCCAUCCCAACGGGUGCUACGAAAUGUGCUUGACGGACGCUAACUUCCGAAACCUUCCGGCUGGCGACGUGGUGGAUAACCUUCUGGGUGAAUGGAGGACCAAGGAGGUCGAUGGGAAGACCGAUGAGCACGGGUCAUACAGCUUUGAGGGAUUCCUCGGUGAAUACGAAGUAACUAUCAAACGUGGAGAUCAAACUGCGAAUUCGACAUUUGCACUAUGUCAAGGUGUUGAAACCAGGCAUGUGACCAUUCUUUUGUGACCCACAGAGAAUUUGAAGGCAUUUCACACGGUAGAGAGACUAGAAUCAAAACCUGUUUUUCUCUUUUGUAUUCCUAUGGCUUUGAUCUGGAUCUUCGAGCUUUUAUCCCAGUCAUUGAUUCCCUUCCGCAGUUCUCAUGCUGAUCUCUGAAGGAUUGUAUCAGCAUUCGAUUCCAAAACUUCUCCAUUCGGCUUUAUCGUUAGACA